AUGGUAGACGUUGACAUGGAAAACAAUUUGGCGCCCCAGUUUUCUCUUAGCCAAGUUAUUGAAGCUCAUAAAUCUGAUGUUAAAGCAUUAGCCACGACAACAAGUGGGAUAAUUAUUUCUGGUAGCCGGGACGAAAAUGUCAAGGUCUUUGUCACAAGGAAAGAUGGGAGAUAUAUAGAAGGCGAGAAUACAAAACACUGUGAUAAAUUAGCUGUCAAUUCACUUGCUUUUUACCAAGUACCAGCUGGAUGUUCAACUAUUUUUGUUGGUCGUAAAGAUGGUUCAAUAGCGGUUUAUACAUUGGGUGACGUCCAACCGAUUCAGACUAUCAAAGCGCAUAAGCUGAAUGUAUGUAUUUUGAGCGUCGAUUCUGUGAAUGGUAAGCUUUUGAGUGGUUCGUGGGAUAGUACUGCCAACGUUUGGUCGAUCUCAGAUUUGACUGAAGGAAAUGAGAAGGUGAAAAUCACUUUAUCGGGACAUAAAAUGUCUGUUUGGGCAGUUGCAGCCAUUCCUGAAAAGCCAGAUUUUUAUCUUACAGGCUCUGCAGACACACUAAUCAAGUAUUGGAAUAAUGGCUUAGAAUUAAAUUCAUUUUUAGGUAUUGCUACAAAAUUUUUGAUUAUAGAUGUUUUUGGAGUUCAUUUGAAAGUUUUUGAAGAGUUAUUUAGAAGUUAUGUAAUUGUAAGUGUUCUGCAUAGAGUUUCAAAACCUCCAGGUCAUGAAGAUGUUGUGCGGUCUAUAGUAGUAUUAAACGCACAUCGGUUUAUUUCUGCCUCUAAUGACUCUUCAAUCAGGAUAUGGGAUUUGGAUGCUGGCGUUUGUAUUAACAAAUUCAAUUCCCUUACAGGAGAAUACAUUUACAGUAUGAAGGUGUUACCAUCAUCAUCUGGAUCAGAUAUUGUGGUUACCGUUGGCGAAGGUGGAUUUAUCGAGUUUUGGAAUAUGACCGAGAAGAAAGGACUUGAGCACAGCCAACUUAUCCAAACUCCAACUCAGAGUAUAUGGGCAGUCGAUAGCUUAAGUGAUGGUGAUGUAGUUGUAGGUGCAGAUGAUGGAAGGAUAUAUGUUUUUACAACUAACAAAGAUAGGAUGGCUGACAAAGUGGUUUUGGAAACCUUUGAGUCAGGUGUCACUGAAAAAAUUGCGGCUGCUGAGGCUUUGCGCGCGUCUCAGCAGCAUGAAAUUGUGAAAAUCAAAGUCAGUUUGGAAGACGGGCAGCCUGAUAUGGAAUUAAGGUACAAAAAAGGAUCUGACCCAGCGGAAGCGGCCCAAACUUUUAUUACUGAAAAUAAUUUGCCGAUUUCGUUUUUGGAUGAGAUAGUGGAAUACAUAAAAACAAAUAUUCCUGAAGCUCGUCACGCAGUCAAUAAAAAAUAUGGUCCGUCACAACCUCCACAGCGUGUUAAUGUCGACGGCAAGGAGUGGGAUUAUGUAUUCGAUGUCACUACUGAGGACGGAAGAGUUUUGAAAUUAACGUACAAUGUAGGUGAAGACGUGAAUUGGGCUGCUCAACGAUUCGUUGAAAAGAACAAUUUGCCUGUACAAUUUCUUGGAAAAGUUUCUAACUUAUUACGGUUGCAAGUACCAGGUCUUUCUGACGCAAUACCGAGUGGUUACACGGACCCGUUCACAGGUGGAAACAGGUAUAUCCCUCAUGAUGCAGUUGGGGUAGACGGUGCAGGAGGAGACCCAUUCACAGGAAGUGGCCGUUAUAUACCACCUGGCCCAGGUGACCAACCAGGACCUUCCGGUGGACUUGAUCCAUUUACUGGAGCAGGGGCCUACAGGGUCGAUAAAACAUCUGCGUGCCUCCCUAAAUCAAGUCUUCCUCUCGACCCACUCAAACCAAGAAGUGAAUUGAUUCCUAUUCGAGCGUUUACUAAAUUUGGCAUAGAGCAAACAUCUCCAAAGGCGAUUGCCAAGUUAAAAGAAUUAAAUGAGGGGCAGCUCGAACUUCGACUCAGCCAAGAACAGGUGAACGCUCUGGAGGAAAUAUUAUCAAAAGUUAUUUACGAGGUUCGUGAUGUUCAUGUUUCGGCGAUUGAUUUGGGACUUUCUUGGCCUUUGGAUGCAAUGGUGCCUGUAUUAGAUGCUUUCCGACUAGCGCUUCUUAAUCGUAAUUUAAAUAAAUGUUACUGUAGUAUGAAAGAAAUGGAUGGGAAUUCUCCAAGAGGUCCAAAGACAAUUGAGAAGUUGAACGCGCUGUUGUUAACUGCCCAAAGAGACCCCAUUAAAAUUUUGGUCUGCCGUGCCAUAGCGAAUUCGACUGCGCAUCAGUGGGGAAGGGAAAUGCUCAUGUUUGACAUUAAAACGAACAUAUGUAUGCUUAUGUUACAGUUGGCUAAUCCUAAACCUGCUCUUCAGGUUGCUGCCGCGGCGGCUUUAGCGAAUUACACUUUCCUUCUUUUACAAGGUGUGGAAACAAACGACGGGGUUGCAGAACUCGGUCCUAGAGAGGAUGCCAUUAAGGCUGUAAUUGAGGGCUUAAAGGAUAUUCAACGUUACGGAAUAUGGAGAGAGAGUACGCAAUUGCAAAUUCUACAAGUCCUUGCAACCCUAAUGUGGGGCGAUAGGACAAUAAUAAAGCUGGCCAAAUCUCUGGAUGUUGUAUCUAUUGCCAACCGAAUUAAGGAUUCAUUGACUGACGAGGAUGGGAAGGCAGUUGCUCGAGAUAUUGUUGGUAUGGCGUAUGCUGUAUGA